AUGGCCGCAUCCUCCGAAACACCGCUGGAGCCUUUCUUGCGCGGCACCACCAGCAAGAAUACUAGGGGUCUCCUCCGUGUCAUCAUUCUAUGUACUAUAGCUGCCGCCGCUGUGUCGGCACGAUUGUUCAGUGUAAUUCGUUUCGAGAGUAUUAUCCACGAAUUCGACCCGUGGUUUAAUUUCAGAGCAACAAAAUACCUAGUCAAGCAUGGCUUCUACUCGUUCUGGGACUGGUUCGACGACCGAACGUGGCACCCACUUGGAAGAGUCACUGGCGGAACACUAUACCCUGGCUUGAUGGUCACCUCCGGCGUGAUCUACCAUGUUCUCCGCCUGUUGUCCUUGCCGGUCGACAUCCGGAACAUCUGUGUGUUGCUUGCGCCCGCGUUCUCCGGCUUGACAGCCCUGGCCAUGUACCUGCUCACGUCCGAGAUGUCAACGUCACCGUCGGCGGGCCUACUGGCUGCGGCGUUCAUGGGCAUUGCGCCUGGCUACAUCUCGAGAUCCGUGGCCGGUAGCUACGAUAAUGAGGCUAUCGCCAUCUUCCUGCUGGUGUUCACUUUCUACCUUUGGAUCAAAGCUGUCAAGGUUGGCUCCGUUAUGUGGGGAGCUUUGGCAGCACUGUUCUACGGCUACAUGGUGUCCGCAUGGGGUGGUUACGUUUUCAUCACCAAUCUCAUUCCGCUUCAUGUCUUCGUCUUGAUCCUUAUGGGCCGCUACAGCAGUCGAGUGUACAUCGCGUACUCGACAUGGUACGCUCUUGGUACACUAGCCAGCAUGCAGGUCCCCUUUGUCGGCUUCCUCCCUAUCCGCAGCAGUGAUCACAUGGCCGCUCUAGGGAUCUUUGGUUUGUUGCAACUUGUCGGUUUCUUCGAUUUCCUGCGCAACCAGCUUCCAGGCAAGCAGUUCCAGACGCUUCUGGUGGCUCUCGGUGGUACCAUCUUCGCCGUGAUGUUCCUUGGAUUGAUCGGUCUUACCGUUUCUGGUGUCAUUGCACCCUGGUCCGGCCGCUUCUACUCCCUCUGGGAUACCGGCUACGCCAAGAUUCACAUUCCCAUCAUCGCUUCCGUCUCCGAGCACCAGCCUACCGCCUGGCCUGCUUUCUUCUUCGACCUAAACCUCCUCAUUUGGCUCUUCCCGGCUGGCGUCUACAUGUGCUUCCGCAAUCUCCGCGAUGAGCAUGUCUUUGUGGUCAUCUACGCCGUUCUGGCAUCCUAUUUCGCAGGUGUUAUGGUGCGCUUGAUGCUGACAUUGACGCCCAUAGUCUGCUGCUCCGCGGCUCUGGCUCUCUCCCACGUUCUCGACACAUUUUUGACGGUCAAAUCCCCGCCUGAACCCUUCGACACCAAUGGCAGUGCCAAACCACCUUCCGCUACUCCGUCAUUCCCGGCCUCACUCAAUCUCGGGAAAUCUGUACGGCAGCCAGUCGUUGGCAUCUACAGCUUGGUAUCCAAGUCCACCAUCACCUCACUCGUCACUGGAUUCCUGGUUCUCUUUGUGGCACAUUGCACCUGGGUGACCUCCAACGCCUACUCGUCGCCCUCGGUUGUUUUGGCUUCCCGCCUGCCAGACGGUAGUCAACACAUCAUCGAUGAUUACCGUGAAGCAUACUACUGGCUGCGCCAGAACACGCCCCAGGACGCCAAGAUUAUGAGCUGGUGGGAUUACGGCUACCAGAUUGGUGGCAUGGCAGACCGCCCUACACUCGUCGACAAUAAUACCUGGAACAACACCCAUAUCGCCACCGUUGGCAAGGCCAUGAGCAGCCGCGAAGAAGUCUCGUACCCAAUUCUUCGUCAACACGACGUAGACUACGUGCUCGUUGUGUUUGGUGGUUUGUUGGGCUACUCUGGCGAUGACAUCAACAAAUUCUUGUGGAUGGUCCGCAUCGCUGAAGGUAUCUGGCCUGAGGAGGUCAAGGAGCGCAGCUUCUUCACAGAACGAGGCGAAUACAGAGUAGACGAGGGCGCCACUGCGACUAUGAAGAACUCCCUGAUGUACAAAAUGUCUUAUCAUAACUUCGCCCAGCUCUUCCCACCUGGGCAAGCACAGGAUCGCGUACGCGGCGCGAAGAUUCCUUCCGCCAACACGGAGCUCAAUACGCUCGAGGAAGCUUUCACAUCAGAACAGUGGAUCAUCCGUAUCUACAAGGUAAAGGACUUGGACAAUGUUGGCCGCGACCACGCCAGCGCGGCAGCAUUUGAGAAAGGCCACAAGAAGAAAGGCCGCAAGGGCGCGAAGCGAGGUGCGAGAGUUCUGCGCGAGGAAUGA